AUGGACGCGAGAGCAAAGAUUUUUCCUUUUCCCCCUGGCAGGAGUAGGUGGAGUGUCUGGUUGGAAAUGAUUUUGGGGGAGGUGUUCGAUUCACGUCAAUCAUUGAUUGAUUGGGUUCAAGAAAUAGGGCGUAAUUUGGAAUUCAUCAUUGUUACAAGAAACUCAUUGAACUCAUCAUUAUUGUUGCAAUGCACGUAUAGAAUGAAGAAAACCUCAAUGAAGGCAAUAGACACGAAAAAGCUUGAUUGUCCUUUCAGACUUAAAGGGUUGAAACUACAUGGAGCUCAUGAUUGGAUGGUAAGAGUGCUAUGUGAAAUGCACAACCAUGCCACUGCAUCAUAUAUGGAGGGGCAUCCAUACACCGAUCGCCUUUCUGACUUUGAAUUUGAGAUAAUGGUAGAUAUGUCUAGCAAUCGUGUCAAGCCACGAGACAUCUUGGUAUCGUUGAAGAAACGAGAUGCGAACAAUGCGCCCACUAUUAAAACAAUAUACAAUACACGGCAAAAGUUUCGAACUUCUGACAAAGCCGGUAAAUCUCACAUUCAGUCUCUAAUGUCAUUCCUACACAAGCAUAGGUACAUAUUAUAUUAUCGAACCGAUGAUAUAACCAACGAGCUCCACGAUUUAUUCUUUGCUCAUCCAGGCUCGUUAGAACUACUAAUUGCAUUCUCCCAUGUUUUAUUAAUGGACGCAACAUUCAAGACGAACAGGUUCAGGAUGCCUCUUCUUGAGAUUGUUGGGGUGACUCCAACAAAUAUGACAUAUUGCAUUUAUAAUUUUUAA